AUGUGGAAGCCAUCGAUAAACUUUCUCGCCCUGCAUUAUGCGUGGAUUAUCACCCUCAGCGUUCUGAGCUUGGUUAUCAUAUAUCCUCAUGGUAAUCUGAAAGCUGUCGAUGCUUAUUUUUUCGGAGCCAGCGCGUCGACUGAGUCAGGUCUAAAUACUGUCGACGUCAAAUCUUUAAAGACCUACCAACAAGUGUACCUAUACCUCAUUCCGAUCCUAGGAAACUUGGGGUUCAUCAACAUCAUCGUAAUUGUAUUUCGGGUUCGAUGGUUUGAAAAGCGCUUCAAAGCAAUCGCUCCGAACCUUUUGAGACCAGAGGCUCCCCCCGAACAAGACGCAGAGGCACAGUUGAAGCACAAAAAAAGUUUGAAUAACCAUGAUGAUGAAGCCCAAAACGAUCAAUUUAGCAGCCACGAAAUAGACGACUCGGAAAAAGAAAAGGCGUGUGUUGAGACUUGGGACAAAUUUUCGAGAGUUUCCCUGGAAUUGAACGAUGCAAAAGCCGAUGACACAGCGGUUUCGAACAUCAAUCCGACAAAGCAAACCAUUACAUUCGCUGAAGACAAUCGGCCGUCUUCCGACAAGGAUAAAGCUCUGUAUAUUCCGCCUCCGUGGAAACGUGAAAGAGGUGCCUCGUUUUCUGAGAUUGAUGAAAGGCUUCAUGAUGAAGAUGAUGGACGAACCGAGAAAGUCCUUAGUCGUCGACCGACUACUAGAAGCAUGCAGUCUCGUACUCACACCCUUGAGCGAGUUGUAACCUCCGUGUUUAUUUUGGGAGGCUUUUCUAGCUCUGACCGAGGGAUGCCAACCACAAAGCGGAGGGACAUAAAGCAGCUCAAUUUGCCGCAUAUGUCUUCACAAGCUACAAUAGGCCGGAACUCUCGGUUCCAUAAUCUGUCUGCCAAAGAUCGGGAAACACUCGGCGGUAUCGAGUAUCGAAGCUUGAAGCUCCUGUUAAAAAUUGUUGUUGGAUAUUUCUUUGGUCUGCAUUUAUUCGGUGCAAUCUGCCUUGUGGGGUGGAUUCUGCACGCGGAUCCGAAAUACCGUGAUUACCUUGCUGAAUGUGGGCAAGGCAAUGUUUGGUGGGGCUUUUACUCCUCUCAGACGAUGAUUGACAAUCUUGGCUUUACUCUAACACCAGAUUCGAUGAUUUCGUUUCAAGAUGCGACUUUCCCAAUGAUCCUUAUGAGUUUCCUUGCAUUUGCCGGGAACACUUGUUAUCCGUGCCUUCUUCGACUUAUUAUCUGGAUUUUCUACAAAUUUUGCCCGGCUAAAUCCUCUCUUAAAGAUCCACUAAGAUUUCUGCUCGAUCAUCCGCGACGGUGCUAUACGCUGCUUUUCCCAAGCGGGCCGACGUGGAUUCUCUUCGGAAUCUUAUUCCUUAUGAACUCAAUCGAUGUUAUUCUCAUCAUUGUGCUGGACUUGAAAAAUCCCGCCGUGAAUAAUCUCGCACCCGGUCCUCGAGUCCUCGCUGCUAUUUUCCAAGCCGCAUCGUCGCGUCAUACGGGUACAUCAACUUUCAACUUGGCUGAUGUGAGCCCAGCCGUCCAAUUCAGCUUGGUGGUCAUGAUGUAUAUUGCGAUUUUUCCGAUUGCCAUUAGCAUCAGAGCUUCCAAUGUUUAUGAAGAAAGAACGCUGGGUGUAUAUACCACUGACGGUAACAUCGACGAGCAUAACGGCCGGUCUUACAUUGUCAAUCAUAUUCAGAACCAACUGACCUUUGACUUGUGGUACAUUUUCCUCGGCAGCUUUUGCAUCUGCGUCGCCGAGGCCGGCAAGAUCGCAGAUACGUCAAUUCCAGCCUUUUCUGUAUUUUCUGUGUUAUUCGAAGUUGUCUCGGCAUAUGGCAACGUUGGACUUAGUCUUGGGUAUCCAACUGUUUCUACGUCUCUAUCUGGAAAGUUUACCGUUUUCAGCAAGCUUGUCAUUUGUGUGAUGAUGAUCCGAGGCCGUCACCGCGGACUGCCCUACAAGCUCGACCGUGCCAUUGUUCUCCCAGGCGAACGCCUAGAAGAAGAUCACCCAGAUAGGGAUAAGGCUCAAACCAAGUUUGACUGA